AUGGAUAAUCCUGAUUUAGACGCACAAGGUAAGAAUAUUUGGUCUCGAAUUCUUUUAGAUCAAUUUGUGGCUGCUGUUGCAUCUUUGGGAAAUCGUAUUGACCAACUGAAAACAGAAACAUGGCGGUUAAAUGAUAAAACUAGAUUAAACUCUCUGUGGGGUGAGGUUAUUGACCAUUUAAAAUUGGAUCAUAGUCAAUCAACACGUCAUUCAUUAUAUAAAAUAUGGCUUAACGAUAAACAUGAAGUCAAAAGAUUAGUUGAUGCAAAGCUAGAGAAGAUCAAUCGAAAUGCAAACAAUGACAGUGAUAUUUACGUUUCAAAUAAAACUAAUACAGAUCUGCUUCCAGAACUAUCACUUCCUUUGGCCCAACCACCAUUGACUCGUAGUCGUGAAAGAAAUGAAAAUGAUAAUGUUAAUGACGAUGGAAACUCUUUUGUAGAACAAAUAUCAAUUGUUUUUUCUACAACCGAAUGGAAAGAUGCAUUUAGUCGUACUAAGCAAAAAAUGAAAGAUGAUUGGACUACAAAAGUGAAUAAAAAAUUAACCGUUAAAGGAACAGGUAUAACGUGUACUUUAAAAUUUACAACUCCAUAUUUUAAAAAAGGAGAAAGAAAAAAAAAAUGUUGUGAUUUCUCUUGUAAUAUUACAUGUACUAUCAAAGGAUGUAACAGAAAAUAUAUAAUGAAAUGUCCAUCUCUCCCGGAUGAAAAUUCAUCAGUGUUAUUCCUUGUUCAAAUAUUUGGGAAAGAGGAUCAUUCAAAUGGACCUGGCUGUCGUAAACUUACGGGUAAAGAACGGAUGUUAGUUGGUAAGGUUCAUUAG